CAACCGUACAAACAACUGAAUUGUUUUUUCGCGCCAUAUUCAAAAUUUACCUUCAGAAUCUGUGGAGUUUUUCAAUUUUGUCGUGUUUAAUAUAAGAAUGAGAACAACAUGGCGCACGUUGGCUUAUGUGAUGUUAGUUGCUCUUCUGCCACAAGUGUCGCUAUACAAUAUCAAGACAGACGUAAAUUUUACACCUUACCUAGUCAACAAGGAGGUAUUUGACACACUUCCAUACUUUAUUUACGAACAGUACGUGCGUCACAUACAUUCGAUGGUGAACGCGUACAGUAACCGAGGUAAUGGUGUUGGCCGGCUGGUGAUCGAGACUAACGCGCUCAUCGACACUAAGUACCGCACGUGGAAACGCAACGCGGAUCUCAUCAACUCGCUGCUCGCGUUGCCGAAGGGCAUGAACGAAGCCGGACGCUAAAUGCCCUAAUUAACUAGCCUCGUACCUUGUUAAUGUCUUCUAAUAAAUCGAUAACACUGUUAAAAGUUGACUUUUUCACGAACUUGUUAUAUUUACCUGCUAUAUACUUUUUUUGAUUUCC